GCAGCAGAACUCUUCCACAUAGCAGUAGUGUCUAGCAAACUCUAGUGUGGUCCAGAGAGGUGUCUCCCACUGAUUUACUGUGUAAGUUUAUAGCUUUAGGGAAAGUCAGCAGUGAAAAACACCUUCUGCUUUUGACCAAGAGCAGAAGUUUUCUAAAUAAAUUGAAGGGUUCGUCGGAAACUUUUUCUAACCUGAGCAAAGUAUACAUCGUUUUGUACAAGGCCUCGCGACCUAGUCCUGUCAGGUCACAUCACUAAACUAGGUAUUUAAACUAGCCAAAGACAAUUUCAGACCUAUAUAAUGUAACAGAAAAGGUCAGAAAACAUUACGCAAUAAAGUGUGGAGCAUAUUAAGCAAGAUGAACAUCUCGGGAAGCGGCUGUGGAAGUCCUGGUUCUGCAGAUGUAUCUAAUGACUUUAAGGAUCUUUGGACAAAACUAAAGGAGUGUCAUGAUAAAGAAGUACAAGGUUUGCAAGUAAAAGUAACCAAACUGAAAAAGGAACGAAUUUUAGAUGCACAGAGACUAGAAGAAUUCUUCACCAAAAAUCAACAGCUGAGAGAGCAGCAGAAAGUGCUUCAUGAAACCAUUAAAGUUUUAGAAGAUCGACUAAGAGCAGGAUUAUGUGAUCGCUGUGCAGUAACUGAAGAACAUAUGCGGAAGAAACAGCAAGAGUUUGAAAACAUCCGGCAGCAGAAUCUUAAACUUAUCACAGAGCUUAUGAAUGAAAAGAAUACUCUACAGGAAGAAAAUAAAAAGCUUUCUGAACAGCUGCAGCAGAAAAUUGUGAAUAAUCAACAUCAAGCAACUGACCUUGAAUCUGAGGAAGAUGUUAUUCCAGAUUCACCGAUAACAGCCUUUUCAUUUUCUGGUGCUAACCGGCUACGAAGAAAGGAGAACCUCCAUGUCCGAUACGUAGAACAAACACAUACUCAACUGGAGCACUCUGGGUGUGCAAAUGAAUUGAGAAAAGUUCCAAAGUCUUCAACUCAUCCACAACAUAAACCUAAUGAAACUGAAAUUCUAGUGGCUGACACUUGUGAUCAGAGUCAAGCUCCAGUGGCUAAAACACAUGGAACAAGCAGUUACCCUGCUGACAAUUUAGCUACAGUUGUUGCUGAAACACUUGGACUUAGCCUUCAAGAAGAAUCUGAAUCUCGAGGCCCCAGGAGCCCUCUUGAUGAUGAACUCUACCACUGUCUGGAAGGAGAUAACAAGAAGCAACCUUUUGAGGAAUCUAGAGGAAAUAGUGAAGAUAGUUUAAGAUUUUCAGAUUCUAAUUCAAAGACUCCUUCUCAGGAAGAACUGCCUACUCGGGUGUCAUCGCCUGUAUUUGGAGCUGCCUCGAACGUGAAAAGUAGUUUAGGUUUGAAUACAAGUUUGUCCCCUUCUCUUUUAGAGACUGGGAAAAAGACCCAUCUGAAGAUAGUGCCUUUCAGCAACACUUCUCAUUCCAGAUCAGAGAAGCUUAGAUCAAAAUCUGAAGACAGUGCCCCUUUCACACAUCAUAAUCUUGGGUCUGAAGUGAACAAGAUCACCAACCAGUCAUCUUCUAAUAAGCAGAUGCUUAUAAAUAAAAAUAUAAGUGAACCCACAAUGGGACAGGAUAGUAUUGAUCCCAUUAAAGAUACUGUUACUGAUAAACAUGUGGUACCCUUGAAAUCAUUGGUAGGCAGAACCAAAAGGAAGAAAAUCGAGGAAGAAAGUGAAGAUGAAGUAUGCUGCCCCCAAGCCUCUUUUGAUAAAGAAAAUGCUUUUCCUUUUCCACUGGAUAGUCAUACUAACAUGAAUGGAGACUAUGUGAUGGAUAAACCUCUGGAUCUGUCUGAUCGAUUUUCAGCUGUUCAGCAUCAAGAGAAAAGCCAAGGAAGUGAGACCUCUAAAAUCAGAUUUAGGCAAGUGACUCUCUAUGAGGCUUUGAAGCCUGUUCCAAAGGGCUCUUCCUCAAGCCGUAAGGCCUUGAGUGGGAGCUGUGGGUUAACCAAAGAUUCCCCAGAAGAGCCCUGUUUACAGGAGUCCCUCCUCCAGUCUUUGAACAAAUCUCCGGAUAAUAAAACACUGUUACAAAUAAAGGAAGAAAAUCCUAUCUUUAAAAUCCCUCUACGUCCACAUGAAGGUUUGGAGACAGAGAAUCUUUUUGAUGACAUGAAGGGUGCUGGUUCUCAUGAACCAAUAAGAAUCAAAACCAGAUCAGUCCAUGGAGCAUGUGAACUUGCAUCAGUUCUUCAGUUAAAUCCAUGUAGAGUUGCUAAAACAAAGUCUCUGCAAAACAACCAAGAUGUAUCCUUUGAAAAUAUCCAGUGGAGUAUAGAUCCUGGAGCAGACCUUUCUCAGUAUAAAAUGGAUAUUACUGUGAUAGAUACAAAGGAUGGCAGUCAGUCAAGAUCAGCAGGAGAAGAGACAGUGGACAUGGACUGUACAUUGGUUAGUGAAACUGCGCUUUUAAAAAUGAAGAAGCAAGAGCAGAAGGGACAAAAAAGUCCAAACGGAGAAAGAAAAAUGAACGAUAGUUUGGAAGAUUUGUUUGAUCGGACUACACAUGAAGAGUAUGAAUCCUGUUUGGCAGAUAGCUUCCCUCAAGUAGCAGAUGAAGAGAAGGAAUUGUCAGCUUCUACAAAGAAGCCAAACACUCAUGGUGAUAAAGAUAAAGUCAAACAGAAAGCAUUUGUGGAGCCAUAUUUUAAUGAUGAAAGAGAGACUAGCUUACCAAAUUUUCCUCACAUUGAGGUGAUUCGGAAAAAAGAAGAGAGAAGAAAACUGCUUGGACACACAUGUAAGGAAUGUGAAAUUUAUUAUGCAGAUUUUCCAGCAGAAGAAAGAGAAAAGAAGUUGGCUUCCUGCUCUAGACACCGAUUCCGCUACAUUCCACCCAACACACCAGAGAACUUCUGGGAAGUUGGUUUUCCUUCCACUCAGACUUGUAUGGAAAGAGGUUACAUUAAGGAAGAUCUUGAUCCUUGUCCUCGUCCAAAAAGACGGCAGCCUUACAAUGCAAUAUUUUCUCCGAAAGGCAAGGAGCAGAAGACAUAGAUGUUGAAGCAAAAACAGAAGAGGGCAGUCUUUUUCUUUAGUUAUUUAUAGUUAAAGUUGGUAUUAAACACUGAUUUUUUGAUCUUCUAUAAACUGAUUUAUAAAUCAUUUUUCUAUUGAAAAUGUUUUUAAAUGGCAUUUACCUACUACACAGACAACUAUUUAAAAUGUGGAUAAGUUUAUGUUGUAUUUUCUUGCUCCUGCACCUUUAAAAUAAGGUGCUUUCAUUUUGCACUCUUAAGUUAAGAGCUGUUUAUUUACUUUUAAUACCCAAUUACAAUUUUGAAAAUAUG